CUUCUCCGGCCCCACGUGGGGGGCGGAGUAGGCGGGGCGUGUCGGCCGGCGCGGACGCUGAUUGGUCGGUGCCGGCGGCGGCUCCGCUGUUGCUGAGGGGAAGCGCGAGGGGCCCGGACGGGGCCAGACGGCGCCGGGAGAGGCCGCCGGAAACCCCACGGCGGCUCCCGGGCCGGCGGGAGGACGAUGAAGCCGGCGAGGAAGGCUGGCGGCUCCUCGUCUUCCUCCUCCUCUUCCUCCUCUUCCUCCUCGGGGGGUCGCGCCGGCCCCCCCGCCCCGAGCCGCCCCAAAGCCCCCAAACGUCGCGAAGGAGUCGCCGGCGUCGAGGAAGACUCCGGCGAAACGGGCGACGGUACCGCCGAAGGCUCCGUCGUCACCCCGCCGUCCUCCAGCCCCCCCCAGGGGCCGUCUCUCCCCGACGACCCCCCCCCCAGCCGCAAAACCGCCACCUUCAAAUCCCGAGCGCCCCGAAAAAAACCCCCCACCGCCGCCACCACCGCAGCAUCUUCCUCCUCUUCCUCUUCCUCCUCCGGCGCCGGCGGCGGCGGCGACAUCGGCGCGGCCGGCAGCGGCUGUUCCAGCACCGACACGGCCAGCGAACAUUCCGCCGACGAAGGGGGGGGGUCGUUUCCCUGCGACCCCCCUCACCCUUCCGACGCCGUUUUCCGCCGUUUACGUUGUCAAAGGGUCUUGGCGCGUCGCGACGGCGUUUUCCAACCGGCCGUGGUGAAACAAAUCCGACGAGGGCAAGAUUUAGGGGUUCAAUUCGCCGGCGAUCGUAACAUCACUUAUCUAGAAGGAUGUUUUUUAGGGGAUCCCCCCGACGUGGUGUUAGACGCGACCCCGCCCGCGGGCGCUUUGGGGGUUGGGACCCCCGUUUGCGCCCGUCUGGAUCCGGCCGAGACCCUUUACCGUCAAGGGACGGUGGUGGAGGUGAGCGCCAAACCCCCGUCUUACCGCGUCCGUUUCGCCCCGCCGCCGUCCGCUCCUCCCGUUUGGGUCCCGCGUUCCGGUCUGCGUCUCCUGCGUCCUCCUUGGAACCCUACGAGCGACGCCGCCGAUGACGUCAUCGCCAACGACGAAACCGCCUCGAAACAACCCGAAGACGUCGAAGUCUCCAAGCUGAGCGCCGCCGUCCCGCCGCCGCCGCCUCCUCCUUCUUCCUCUUCCUCUUCCUCCUCCUCUUCCUCCUCCUCCUCCUCGGCAGCCGUCACCCCCCAACCCAAAUACAAAAAGGGCGACGUCGUCUGCACCCCCAACGGCAUCCGCAAGAAAUUCAACGGCAAACAAUGGCGGCGCCUCUGCUCCCGCGACGGCUGCACCAAGGAAUCGCAGCGACGCGGUUACUGCUCGCGUCACCUCUCCAUGCGCACCAAAGAACUGGAGGGGCUCCCCGAAAACCGCGUCGCCGCAGCCGCAGUCGUCGCCGUCCCGCCGCCGCAACGCGACGGCGCGGUCGAUUUCGAAUGGGACGAGACGUCGCGGGAAAGCGAAGGGGACCCCCGGGCGCGAUUAGGGGGGGUCGUCCCUCCGCCGCCUCCGCCGCCUCCGCCGCCGCCUCCGCCGCCGCCGGCGGAUUUAUCCCGUUUCGAAUUCGACGAGUGCGAAGCCGCCGUCAUGUUGGUGUCGCUGGGCAGCUCCCGCUCGGGGACCCCCAGUUUUUCUCCCGCUUCCACCCAGUCCCCUUUUUCCCCCACCCCUUCCCCUUCCCCCUCUCCGCUUUUCGGGUUCAGACCCGCAAAUUUUAGCCCAGUCACCGCUUCGCCGCGAGCUCGCGGACGACACCUCAGCGCCGGGACCCCCAGACCGGGGGAGGGGCUCAGUCCACCGCCUCCUCCCCCUCCCCCGCCUCCUCCCCGCCCCCGUCCUCCCUCCGGGGUCCCCCCGACUUUUCAGACCAACUUGACCUUCACCGUCCCCCUCAGCCCGGGUAAACGAAAACCCGACCCCCCCCCCGAACCCCAAGAUGGGGGAGGGGGGGUUUUGGGUGGGGGAGGGGCCGGUUUUCGAGCCCUCUCCCCUCUUUUUGCCCCCCGUUCUCCCGCCGGCUUAACGGCGGAUCCCGGCCCGGGGGCGCGGCGGGUGCCGGCGGUGCCGCGGGGGUCCCCCGUUAUCGUACGGAACCCCGAGGUGCCGUUACCGGACCCUCCCCCGCGUCCUCGCCCCCUGCCCCCCCCCCAAAAACCCCCCUUGGCCGCCCCCGUCCCCAUCAACGCCGGCAGGUUGCGACCGCCGGCGCGACCCCCCCCAAAUUCCGCACCCCCAGCCCCCCAAGAACGCUCCGGUCCCCCCCAUCCCCCGCCGGCGGCUUUCGGGGGACCCCCCCUGCACCCCGUCGCCUUCCACCCCUCCCCCGCCGCCCUCCUCCCCCUCCUCGUCCCCGGAGAUUUCGGGGCCCCCCCGGCCCCCCGCAAGGAGAUCGUCAUGGGGCGCCCCGGAACAGUGUGGACCAACGUGGAGCCCCGCUCGGUGCCCGUCUUCCCCUGGCACUCGCUCGUGCCCUUCCUGGCGCCCAGCCAGCCCGACGCCUCCCCCCAGCCCCCCCAGGGCCACCAGCCCGUCAAUCACCCCCCCGCCGCCGCCAAUCAGAGCAAAGAGCCCCCCGAAUCGGCAGCCAUCGCUCCCGAAUUAGCGGGGGGGGCCGGAACCGGGGCGCUGCGGGGGGGCGACGCGACCCCCAAGCCCCCCUCCCGCGCCCCCCGUCACCAGCGCGGCCCCCCCCGGCCCGGAGGAGGAACCGCCCGGCCCCCCCCGGCUGGACAGCGAGACCGAGAGCGACCACGAUGACGCGUUCCUGUCGAUCGUGGCCCCCGAGCUGCCGCUGCCGCUGGGGCCGGGGAAGCGCCGGACGCAGUCGCUGAGCGCCCUGCCCAAGGAGAGGGACGGCGACAAGGAGGGGCGCAGCCCCAGCAAGCGGGACAAGGACCACAUCCGGCGGCCCAUGAACGCCUUCAUGAUCUUCAGCAAGCGGCACCGGGCGCUCGUGCACCAGCGGCACCCGAACCAGGACAACCGCACCGUGAGCAAGAUCCUGGGCGAGUGGUGGUACGCGCUGGGGCCGCGCGAGAAGCAGAAGUACCACGACCUCGCCUUCCAGGUGGG